AUGGACCGAUUCACUCAAUUCCCCGCCGUCAAUGACGAUGGUGAUGAUGUUCACAUCGUACCCUGGCAGGUGGAUGCCCAACUCCCAUCGGAGAUAUUUGCUUUGUCAUGGGCAGUCUUGCUACGCGCAUUCACAACAGAUGAGAACCCGGUCUUUCUAUUAAAUGGUGUGCCAGUCAAGGCAGAUCUAUCCGCCCAAACGGUUCAGCCAGCAGAUCUGACUGCCGUAUCAGAUUUCUCAGUCAAACACACAGCCAUAGUGUUGGGAGACCCUCUGUUCAGUGAUGAUGGACAUCCCCCGGUGUUGCGGUGGACCCUGGACCCCGCGACUCAGUUGGGAGCCUUGCGUGCGACCGGAGGCAUGAACGCUGCUUUCCUAUACCAGUUGGGCAACCAGCUGAAGCAGAUCGUGCAAGAGCAGGCUGCUCAGAAGGGUAUGCAGGUGACAAUGUCUGCCACUGAGGUUCCUGAUCUAGCCAUUUCAAAUGCCUCGCCUUCAACAUUGCCAGGGCCUCAACUUCUACACGAGCUUGCGCUGCGCGAGCUCAACAAUUCAAACCAUGCCAUUGAAUUCCUUACCGCGGAUGGAAAUGUUUGUUGCUUGUCGUACCAUGACUUGGACCGGCUUUCCUCGGAGCUGGCGAGUAAAAUAGCUCGUGCUUCGACGACCCCACAGGGCCUACAGAGGGUUGUGCCAGUACUUCUGCCCCAGUCUGUGGAAUUGUACAUUGCAUGGCUGGCCAUUCUCAAGGCUGGCGCAGCUUUCUGCCCCUUGAACACGGAUGCACCAACUGAUCGCAUCGAGUUUAUCCUGCAAGAUGUGGCUGCAUCUGUGGUGGUCACAAAUGAUGCUCUUGUAACAAGGUUACCGCUCAAAAAGCAUAUUUCUAUUCUCACCGUGGGCGAUCUUCAAACCAACGCCGAUAUCACAGAACCAUGCUCAGAAAACAGCACUUGCACUGAUCUGGCAUAUGUCAUGUACACAUCUGGCUCUACGGGCCGCCCCAAAGGCGUCGGGGUGUCCCAUCUUGCUGCCACCCAGUCACUUCUUGCUCAUGAUGAUUUGAUACCCCCUUUCAAGCGCUUUUUACAAUUUGCAUCUCCCACCUUUGAUGUUUCCGUGUUUGAGGUAUUUUUCCCGAUGAUGCGGGGGUCAACCCUCAUCGGCUCCGAGAGAGAAAAUAUGCUUCUUGAUAUUUCCCAUGUAAUGACUAGGAUGAGAGUCGAUGCCGCUGAGUUGACCCCAACGGUGGCAGGAGAGUUGCUGCGCACGCGAGCUGCAGCUCCAUCUCUCCGGGUGCUCCUCACAAUUGGUGAGAUGCUCACCAGACAUGUGGUAGACGAGUUUGGCCAAUCUGAGGGCAGAGAUGGCAUUCUCCACGGAAUGUACGGGCCUACCGAAGCAGCAAUCCAUUGUACCGCUGCCACCCAUUUCCAGGCCAAGGAUCGUGUCAAUAUGAUUGGAAAGCCCUUUAAAACCGUUUCCGCAUACAUUAUGUCACUCCCCUCCGACAACGAGCCAUCCUCCAAGGAGCUUCAUCCCCUUUCACUAGGCCAAAUUGGAGAGCUUGUGGUGGGUGGUCCUCAAUUGGCAGACGGGUAUAUUAACCGACCCGAAGAAAAUGCCAAGGCUUUUAUAGACAGUCCGGUGUAUGGCCGACUCUAUCGCACAGGAGACAAAGCUCGCAUACUCCCAACCGGAGAGAUCGAGUGUUUUGGCCGAAUUUCCAGCGGCCAGGUGAAGCUGCGAGGCCAGCGGAUAGAGCUUGGCGAGAUCGAGCAUGUUAUCACCAGAGCCUCCGGUGUCCGCAGUGCUGUAACCAUAGUCAUCGACGGGAACUUGGUUGCAUUUGUUCUGGUUACCGACAAAGGAACGACGGACAAUAGUCUCCGAGACGUCUGUCGUCAGCUGUUGCCUCGGUUCAUGAUUCCUGGAGAAUUCGUGCUCGUCGAUCAAUUCCCGCAGCUUCCCUCGGGCAAGAUCGAUCGUAAAACACUAGAAGCGGAUUUCAUUCGCCGCCGAAGCACCACUCAGGCUUUUGAUGACCAACUCUGCCGAGACGAAAAAGAAGAGUUUAUCGUUUCAAGUGUGGCUGAUGUGCUGGGCCGACGACUCUCGCCAAUAGAGAGCUUGGCAGCAGCAGGCCUUGAUUCGCUAGCAGCAAUCCGUCUCGCAUCCCAUCUUUUGGAUGCAGGAAUUCGCCUAGGUGUGGCUACCCUGCUGGAGGCCGACUCAGUGGAUGGGAUCUGGCAGCUUGCCACCAGCCUUGAAGCCGCGAACCCGACUGAUGAUACGCAAGCAGCCCUGCGAACUAUUCUCGAGCUUGUUUCAGAUGCAGGUGCAGCAAGGGUCGACUCGCUGGGUUUGAGCGAGCACGUUUCCGACAUCGUACCGUGUAGCCAUAUCCAACAGGCUAUGAUCUUGGAGACUGUUCGAGACAACAAGGCAUACUGCAACUGGAUCGAGCUUGAAUUCGAGCCCUCAGUCAGUUUAACUUCGCUGAGAAAUGCAUUUGGUCAACUGGUGGACCACAAUGAGAUCCUGCGGUCUGGAUUUGUGGAAAUCGGCCUCAAAGACCACUCAUAUAGUCGCUUCACCUGGGAUAACCUUGACGAGCAUAUUUCCUUGCAACAGGAGCUUAACUACGAUUUGGGCUUGAGUGUGGAUCACGAUGUCUUGAACCCCUUCCGAGUCCAGAUUAAGCAAGGGAAGGAUCAUCUUCGUGUGCUGGUGCAUAUCCAUCAUGCACUCUACGAUGGAUGGUCUUGGCAACUCAUGUUGAAAGAUCUCAGAAGUAUCUUGUCCGGAGAGGAGAUCACUUCUAAACCCCCAUAUAAUGUCGUCGCAAACUUCUUCAUUGAGCAUAAACUGGACAAAUCGGCAACAGAGUCCUCAGCCUACUGGCGUGAUCAACUACAGGGUCUUUGUCCUGCAACUUUCCCUACUUUCCAUGGAAAUGCAGAUAUCGUACAUGCUACCGAAAAGGCUACUCGCGUGCUGGACAUAUCCGUUUCAAAACUCAACGAAGUUUCCCAGCGCCUUCGCGUGAGCCGGCAAACCAUUUUCCAAGCCGCGUUUUGCUAUAUUCUCUCUUCCUAUCUUGGAACCGGCGAUUGUACAUUUGGAACUGUCUUUUCAGGCCGGACUCUGCCAUUAAAGGGCAUCGAGAGUGUUCUCGGCCCUUGUAUCAGAACUUUACCUACGCGAAUGAACCUCGAGAAAAUGCAAGACGUGACCGAUCUCCUCUUGGCCAUCCAUAACAUGAACCGCAAGUCGCUCGAGCAUGGCAGUCUUCCUCUUCAUGAUAUCAAGAAGGCUUCUGGUAUCGACUUGGAUCGCAGUCUAUUUGACACGGCGCUCGUGUGGCAGGAAAGCAUUUGGUCAGAUUAUGACCAGGGCUCGGUGUUCCGGGAAGUUGGAACGGGGGAGUUUUUAGAAUUUGCGCUUUUGCUGGAGUUCGAGCCGCGAGAAGAAAACGUCUUUGCCCGGGCGACUUAUCAAAAGUCGGUGCUACCAUUCGAGCAAGCUAUGAUACUCCUUGAGCAGAUCGAUUCCGUGGCUUCGAUCUUGAUUGACAAGAUUAAGCUUCCAAUCCCGGAGAUUCGAUCGUAUCUUCCCUCGUCAACGUUGUCUAUUCAACAUGCAGCAUCGCUCGAGCAAGUCGAUCUGCCAAGCUUGUCAUCAAGCGUCGAGAUUAUUGCCUCUACAGACCCGGACCGGGUAGCGGUUGAGUUGAUGCUCUGGAAGCCAGAAACUCCUGCUCCAUUGAUCGAAAGUAUGACCUACGGUCAACUAAACUCCCGAGCUAAUGGCUUUGCACACGUUUUGCUCCACAUGGGAGUGAAGAAAACCGAUCUAAUAGCCAUUCAUCUGACAACGUCUCUUGACUUUUACGUUGCUGUGCUUGGAGUUGCCAAGGCCGGUGCUGGUCUCCUCCUACUUCCCCAGGCAUCUUCGCAGAUAAUUCAUUCUAUUCUAUCCACGGUGAAAUCCAAGUUCUGCAUCGUCGACCACUUGACGGAAAAGAAUCAUCGCUUGGAUUUUUUGAAGUCCAUUCAGCUGGUUCACCUCUCUUAUUCGCUGGAUGUUUAUCAUGAGUUCAAUAUCCCCUAUACCAAUGAAGGGUCUGAUGUUGCUUAUGCUGAAUUGAUGCUAAUUGAAAAUGACUUGACGGAAAACAUCGUCAUCUCACGCCAAAACCUGCAGAGCAAUAUCAAUGCUCUUUCAGACUUGUAUCCAACGCCAACCGGGUCGAAAAUGCUAUCAUCUCCUCAAGGAUCAGGUGCAUCAAUUUGCCAGACAUUCUUCGCUUGGCACGCUGGCAUGACAUUGUGCUCAGCUACAGACUUAAUCAUGAUGACUCGCCUCGAGCAAGCCUGUCAAGAUAUGAACAUAACGCACCUUCACUUGCCUCCCAUGCUGGCCUCCCGUAUUGAUCCACAAGCCGUCCCCAGUGUGCAAUAUCUCCUCUCUUCGGGCGAAGAAAUGACCCCCAAGCUCCAUCGCAAUUGGGCCGGCAAAGGUCUUCAUCAAGCAUACAGCAAUUAUGCACUUGCUCACGCAUGUACCCUAUGUCCCAAUAUGCAAGCAUCGACCUAUGUUCGAAACAUUGGUAGACCCCUGAAGAACACAUCUGCGAUGAUUGUGGAAGAUGGAGAUUCACUCGGUCUUCUUCCACGCGGCGCUAUUGGAGAGUUAUGCUUUGGCGGAGAUCAAAUUGGGCGCUGUCUACCUGACUACGAGCCGUCAGUGACUGGACGAUUCGCUGACCAUCUUGACCUCGGUCGGAUUUAUAGAACGGGUGACUUUGGGAGGCUGCUUCCUGAUGGCACACUCAUUCUUUCCCGAAGUUCUGGCCUUGCACAGUCGUAUGCUCCGUCUAUUGAUCUUGAUGGAGUUGAUCGUGCUCUUAUGUCUUUGAAAAUGACUCAAGAAUCAGUGAGCAUGAUUUUGGAUGAGCCAACACUGCGUCAGCAGCGAUUGGCAGUAUUUUGGGUUCCUUCAACGAAAUGCUCAGAUUCUGUUCAAAUUGAGGAAGCUACAAAUGAUCUUUUCAAGGAGCUCACUAAGAAACUUCCUUCUUCUAGCCUUCCAUCGCUUCUUGUUCUCGUGGACGCGAUAAGUCUCACUAUGUCCUAUAAGACUGAUCACUUUAUGUUGAGGCAACGGCUGGAACAACUGACUACAAAGGAGCUUGCGAUGUUUUCACCAAAGCUCAAUGAUACUGGUGACUGUUUCACCGAGCUUGAGAAGACCAUCUCUGCCGCGCUAUCGGCAGUUACUGGUACCGACCAAAGCAGCAUUCGUAAGCACACGUCUUUCUACAGACUAGGUCUGGACUCUCUUUCUGCCAUUUCCUUCUCGCGCAAGCUGCAGGAGUCUGGGUGUGGAAGGCUUUCUGUGUCCACAAUUCUGCAUUAUAGCUCCAUUGCCCAACUUGCAGCGGUGAUUCUUGCUACGACCGACGAGCAUCAGCCCGAACAGGCUGUGGCGCCCACGCCACCAAUGGUGUUCGAUGAAAAUUUCACUCAUCAAGUAGAAGAUGAGUUCAAAGCUGCAGCCAUGACUGUUCAGAACAUUUACCCUUGCACUCCACUCCAGGAGGCUAUGCUUGCAGCUGAGUCUGGUGGUCAUACAGCUUAUUUUAACCACCUCCUGCUUCUUGUGCACACCGAUGCCGAGGACAUGAGAGCAGCAUGGGCUAAGAUGAUGCAAAGACAAGGCAUUCUUAGAACUUGUUUCACGCAAACUAACGAUAAGGGGUUCGCAUAUGCUCAAGUUGUACUGGAUACAUCGAUCUUACCGUGGUCCCAUAUUAAAACACCCUCUUCUGAGAUUGAGAAUGUCAUCAAGGAGAGCAAGUCCAAAUUUGAGGGUCUUUCUCCUGUCAAUGGCCAGUUGCCCUACUCGCUGACUUUGAUAACCGAUUCCACUGCGCACAAGACACAUCUUCUACUGUCCAUUCACCAUGCAUUGUAUGACGGAGAAGGUAUCGCCCGGUUAUUGCACGAGCUCCAGCUGUUGCUUUCAAGUAAAGAAUUGCCAGAAAAUGCUCCAUUCCACAACUUCAUCAAUUACAUGACCUCUGUUGAUUAUGGUUCGUCGGACGAAUACUGGGACCAGUACUUGUCCGGUGUUUCACCGACUCUCCUUCCUACACCCGAGCCCGCGGCCAAUGCAGAUGUGUCGACAUCACAGCAGAUCCAUACAUCCCUAAAUGGCUCUUUCAUAUCGUUCAAACAACAAUGCAAAGACCUCUCCGUAACCCCUUUGAACAUCUUCCACGCUGCAUGGUUCAGGCUCCUCUCUCUAUACACCGAUUCCUCCGACGUCUGUUUCGGUAAUGUCUUCAGUUGCCGAACCGUUCCCUUGGAUGACGCAGAUCGGAUAGUUGGGCCUUGCUUCAACACACUCCCAAUUCGAAUCAAGUCCUCCUCGACUGCAACAAAUUUUGACAUCAUGAAAUUGUCCCAAAAGAGCAAUAACAACAUUUUGCCUCACCAACUCAGCCCCCUGCGGCGGAUUCAACGGCGUGUUCUUGGCGAUGGCUCUCGCCUCUUCGACACGCUGGUCAUUUUCCAGAACAGAAAUAUAGACCUUGAUCCCAAUGUCUGGGAACUUCUUCAGGACGAAGGAAACAUGGGAUUCCCUUUGAUCUGUGAGAUCGUCCCCGACGAGUCUGCCGACAACAUCCAGAUCUGCCUUCACUUCCAAGUAUCGUAUAUCUCGCAAGCCGUGGCUGAGAACAUCGCGCGGGACUUUGUGGCCCUUGUUGGACACAUCACUCAAUACCCAUCUGCUCAGGCAUCCGACAAGCGGCUAUUGGGGGCAGACAUUGGUCGAGUCUUUGAACAGAAGGUGUCUCAAACGCCAAACUCUGUUCAGUUCCUAACCAAAUCUCGCCCAAAGCGCCCGUGGUCCUAUCAAGAGGAGAUUGUGCGCGACCUCAUUUGCAAAUUUUCUGAUGUCGACUCGGAUAAUGUGUUCCAGGACACGACGAUAUUCCAACUUGGCCUGGAUAGUAUCAAUGCUGUUCAGGUAUCGGCGAAGUUGCGUGGAUUAGGGUAUAAGAUCUCAUCUGGUGAUAUUCUCGAGGCCGCUUCUAUUGAUCAAAUUGCUUCUCUUCUUACCUCCAACGCGAAGGUUGUUGAAGAAGUCGAGUUCGACUUUGGACUUUUCCAAAGCCAUCAUCUGCAAUCUGUUUGCGAACAACUUGAGAUUUCUUCGCAAAUAGUGCAAUCUUUGCGCCCUUGUACGCCAGUUCAAAAUGGAAUGCUGGCGAUGUUUGCACAUUCCCAUGGUGAAGUCUACUUCAAUCGAAUGGCCUUGAGGUUUUCCGCACCUUUGGAUAAGAAGAUUUUGAAAGAAGCAUGGUCUAAGGUCACGGCACAGCAUGAGAUGCUUCGAACAGGCUUUGUUCAAUUGCGCGAUCAGCAAAAUCCUUUUGCUAUGAUAACUUACCAUGAAAUCAACAAAUUACCAUGGCGCGAGACCUCGAUUUCCAUGGCAGACACUCCCGGUGUUCAAGAAAAGCACGCUUUGGAAAUUCUCCACCAGCCUCCAUGGAGCAUUGAAGUCGAGGCAGGUGACAACACCAGUAUCAUGCAUUUCUGUGCAUUGCACGCUAUUUACGAUGCUCAAUCUCUGGCUACCAUAUUUACAGACGUCAGAGCAGCAUAUGAAGGCAAGGCUCUGGCUACGCCGGUGCCAGUCACCAAGACUCUCGGGCCUAUCCUUCUUGAAAGCAAGAGCCAAAGCGAAUCCGCACAAUCCUUUUGGAAAGAACUAGCCCCAGAAGUGCAACCAUCCAAAUUCCCCGACUUGCAUCCCAUCCGCAUAAACGAGCGAACAUUACUCACCACCUCCAUCCGUUGCGCACAGUCUCACAAGGCUCUUGAAGAUGCCUGUCGAGAUAUCGGUGUGACACUACAGGCAGCGGGGCAAGCCGCAUGGGCUCGCUUGCUUUCUGCAUACACGGGCGAGUCCAAUGUCACUUUUGGAACCGUGCUUUCUGGUAGAAACUUAUCCGCCGCCGCUCAACACGCGGUAUUCCCGUGUUUGGUCACAGUGCCGACGCCUCUGCGUAUUGAGGGUUCCAACCGACAGAUUUUGGACCGUACGUUGAAGCGAAACGCUUUAUUAGUGAAGAAUCAGUUCGCACCUCUGUCGCAUAUCCAGCGUUGGCUAGGUAGCGAUGAGCCACUCUUCGACACGCUGUUUGUCUAUCAGAAACUUACUUCGGAUGCUGUUGGUACUGAUGGGUGGGAUAUUAUUGACGAGGAGACGCAUAUUGAUUAUCCUGUCUCUAUCGAGUUGAUUCCGCACUCGACAGAUCUUCAGAUUUCGCUGAGCUACCGGGGUGAUCUUGUCCCCACGGAGCAAGCAACGAUUCUCUUGGGUCAGUAUGACAGAUUCUUGCAGGAUACUGUCUUCCGUCCAGAUGCCAACUCCACCGAUCAUGAGUCUGUGGGUAGUAGUCUGCUAUCUAUUACCCCUGCCAAAGAAGCACCAAUUCCUACCACGGUGUCUUUCUUGCAUCAAUUCGUCGAAGCGAACGCGCUCAAGAUCCCUGAGAAGAUUGCGUUCGAAUUUGCUUCUGUUGAUACUGGGGACAGCCUCCAGAAGAAGACUUGGACUUACCGUGAGUUCAAUGAAUGUGGCAAUCAAAUUGCGCACUUCCUACAGGCAAAAGGAGCUGUUCCUGGUGGAAUUGUGGGAAUAUGCUUUGACAAGUGCCCUGAAGCCUCCAUGGCGAUUCUGGGUAUCAUGAAAGCUGGAUGUGCAUAUUUGGCAAUUGACCCUGGUGCUCCUAUCGCUCGUAAGCAGUUCAUGUUAGAGGACUCCGGUACCAAUAUCCUGCUUUGCAAUCAAUCGAAGAUGGCCAAACUGGAGGUUCUUCCGGCUAUUGACGUCCAGGCACUAGAUGAGCCUGGGCUGCUUUAUGGGGUCUCAACAGGGGAUGUCUCACUUUCCCGUUCGAUUCAGCCAGAUGAUACUUGUUAUUGUCUUUACACCUCCGGUACAACUGGAACACCGAAGGGCUGCGAGAUCACGCACGAUAAUGCCGUGCAAGCAAUGCUAGCAUUUCAACGAUUGUUCGCAGGACACUGGGAUGAAGAGUCUCGGUGGUUGCAAUUUGCCUCCUUCCAUUUUGACGUCAGCGUUUUGGAACAGUACUGGAGCUGGAGUGUUGGAAUUUGCGUCACUUCCUGUCCGCGAGAUCUGUUGUUUGAGGAUCUGACUGGAACUAUACAGAAGCUUCAAAUCACGCAUAUUGACCUGACGCCCAGUUUGGCAAGACUAGUCCAUCCCGAUGAAGUCCCAUCCCUUUGUCGGGGAGUCUUCAUCACCGGCGGAGAGGCGUUGAAACAAGAAAUCCUCGAUGCCUGGGGCAAGUAUGGUGUAAUCUACAAUGGAUACGGUCCUACUGAAGUUACUAUCGGAUGCACCAUGCUCCCACGGAUGUCUGCCAACGACAAAGCCUCAAACAUCGGGCCGCAGUUCGAUAAUGUGGGGUCGUAUGUCUUCAUACCCGGUACGACGACACCAGUCCUACGCGGCAGCAUAGGCGAACUCUGUGUCUCGGGUCCUCUCGUUGGAAAGGGCUAUCUGAACCGAGCAGAGCUCACCAAAGAACGAUUCCAAAAGCUCCCGGAAUUCGGCGAUCGCAUCUAUCGCACAGGUGAUCUUGUGAGGAUUUUGCACGAUGGAAGCUUCCAGUUCCUUGGUCGUAUCGAUGACCAGGUCAAGCUCCGUGGACAGCGACUUGAGAUUGGGGAAAUUAACGAGGUCAUCAAACAAGCCACCCCUGAAUUGAACGAAGUCGCUACCUUGGUCAUCACGCACCCCAAACAAUCGAAGGACCAACUUGUCUCCUUUUUCACGACUGUCAAUGCAGAUAAGAAAUCUCGUGCUAUCGACGUUCAGGUCCGAUCUUCAGAAGACGAUCGCGCCCUGCUGUUGAAGAUCAAGGGCGCUUGUCGCACUCAUCUUCCCGGGUAUAUGGUGCCUACACAUAUCAUCCCAAUGACCCGCUUCCCACUCUCUGCCAACAACAAGGCUGAUAUGAAAGUCUUGAAAAGUAUCUAUCAGGAGCUUUCUCUGGAGGAUAUUCAGAAAUUGAGCUCAAUGAGUGUCGGUCAGCCUACUGAUAGUGUCCAGGAACAGAAGAUCAUAUCUGUUCUGGCGAGGUUUAUUGGUUCUUCUGAGAAGAUCUCGUCAUGGUCCAGUAUCUACGAGCUUGGUCUGGAUUCUAUAUCUGUUAUUGCAUUCUCGAGAAGUCUCCGGGAGGCUGGGUUUUCUCAGGCUCAGCCAUCGAUCAUCAUGAAGUACCCUACAAUUUCCGGCAUGGCUUCGGCUCUACAGGUGCCUAUCUCAUCUUCUGUGUCUGUGGAAACCCUCCAACGAAACGCCAAGCAAGGCAUCGAGGCUUUCGCUCACAAGAACUCCCACGCUAUCAUCGAGCACAUUGGAGCCAUCGACGGUGACAUUGAAAGGAUUGCGCCCUGCACUCCGCUCCAGGAGGGUAUCAUAUACCACUACCUGUCCAGUAGCACGCCAUUGUACUGCUCGUCUUUCACUUUCGAGCUCGACCCUUCGGUCAACCUCGAGAAUUUGCGCGCAGCUUGGGAUCAGGCCCAGAGAGACGUUCAAAUGCUGCGCGCCAGGUUUUUGCCAUCUGCGGACGGCUAUGCCCAAGCUGUCAUGAAAAAAGAUGCCCUUCCUUGGUUCCUUGCUACAGUCGGCACCACUGAGGAAAUUGAUGACUUGCGCAAACAGCGACAUGACCACUGGACGGCCCAACUCGACGGUCUUUCAUCUAACCUAUGGGAAGUUGGAGUCAUCUCUUCCCCCGAGACAUCGGUAAUGUGUCUAAAUAUCUUCCAUGCUCUUUACGAUGGAAACAGCCUAGUCCUGCUCCUCGAGUCGGUUGCCCGAAAUUAUCUCGGCCAGAUCAACAGUUCGCAGUCAAUCCCGGAGUUCCUCGAUGUGUUGCACUUAGGUCCCCUUUGUAAAGACCCUGCUGCAGAGGCAUUCUGGAAAGAGCAUCUUGCCGGCUGCCGUGAUCGAGCUUUCCCCGAUAACGGUCAAAUAGACAGCGCGCCAAUUCUGCUCAAAGUUCAAAUAAAUGCGACAGAUCAGGUUGACCAUCUUCGCCGGUCUCUCAAUGUUACAGAACAAGCUGUUCUCCAUGCCUGCUGGCUUCUAACUCUCCAGCAGCAAUACUCAUUCGUGCCACCACUCGGUAUCAUUGCCUCGGGUAGGACAAUCGAUGUACCAGGCAUUGGCGACGUUAUUGGACCGCUGUUCAAUACGAUCCCCAGCAACGUCCAGCUGCAUGGUUUGGAGUCUUGGUCUGAUGUCGCUCGGCGCUGCCAUGACUACCAAGUAUCCAUGAUUCCCUUCCAGUACACUGCCCUGCGGGACAUUGUGAAAUGGCUUGGAAAGAAUCCCGACGAGCGACUCUUCAACUCUUUGUUUGUCUUCCAGAGGGAAGAUGAUAACGAUGAAUCGUCCACAAAAGAUCUUUGGCGAACACUCGACUCAGAGGCCCAGCAUGAGUACCCUCUGGCUUUUGAGGUUGUGCGCAAUAGUAAGCAAUAUCUGACAGCCACCAUUGCCGCAAAGAGCCAUGCGGUAUCGUUGGAGGACACCCAGCAGAUGUUAUCUAAGUUCGAGCAAAUACUUUCUGAGUUUUCACAAGACCCCAACAGAGAGUUGCCGAAGACAAACGGAGUGUCUCUCACACAAGUAGUGACGAAUGGUGAAGUGAACGGUCACUACGAGCCUCUGAGAACACCGGAACAAACCAAUUGUGAACAUACCAAUGGCUCUUUGUUUGAAUGGACUUCCCAAGCUUGCACAAUCCGCGACGUGAUUGAAACCCUUGCGGGGGUGGAGCCCCAAUCCAUCAGCGAGAAUACAUCAAUCUUUGAAGUUGGACUUGAUAGCAUCGAUGCAAUCAAAAUCUCCUCGCGGUUGAGCAAAGCCGGCAUCAAACUUCCCGUGAGCUCCAUCAUGCGCCAUCGUACAGUGAAGGCCAUGAGCGAGCAACUCUCAAUGACAAAUGGCCAUAUCAAAGAUGGGACAUUACCAUUGCUCAAUCAGCUAGAGAAAUCGUUGGCCAAGUUUGUCGCGGCUGAAGGUCUUCUCCCCCCGGGCACGACUCGAAUCCUACCAGCUACACCCAUCCAAGAAGCUAUGGUAGUAGAAAUGUUUGCCUCUGGGUACAAGCAUUAUUACAACCACGAAAUUCUCGAGCUUGAGCCAAAUGUGGACAUCGAAAAGAUGGAGGGGGCAUGGAGAGCUGUCGUUAAAGCCCACCCUAUUCUCCGUACUUCAUUUGUUGAAGUAUGGGAUCCGCAGAUUCCUGUUUCAUACGCUCAAAUAGUUCACGACGAGGAUCAAAUUGACAUCCAGACUGUCCAUCUGCACGGAGUCUCCGUGGAAUCCAUUAUAGAGACUCAGCGUUCAAGGGCCCACAAUGAGCUGGCAAGCUGUCCCUUGCUCUCUAUCACCAUUGCGGUGGAAGGAGAUAGGCGGUACCUUCUUUUGUCGAUUGCGCAUGCUCUCUACGAUGGCUGGUCAAUCAAUCUGCUCCAUGAAGAUGUUGCCAAAUCAUAUGCUGGUGCGGAGUGUUCCCGCCCGCCAGCUGAUGACAUUCUCGAGCAAAUUAUUGCUUCGUCUGGCGAUGAAGCAAUCAGGUUCUGGCGAACAACGCUAUCCAACUUCACCCCGGUGUCAUUCUCGCCCAUGGAGCACGCUGACAAUAGCUCGGUCGUCGUUCACCGAGCAGAACAAUCGUUAUCCGUUCCACUGCCAAAGGCAGAGGCGUUCUGCAAACGCCAUGGCAUUACUCUCCAGGCGCUUCUUGUCAGUUGUUGGUCUCUUGUCCUUGCCACGCAUGUCAAGAAACUAGAUGUGGCAUUUGGGCUUGUCCUUUCCGGUCGGAACGUGGCUGACUCUGAGCAUGUGAUGUUCCCGACCAUGAACACUGUCACCAUGCGAGUUAUCCUUCAUGGGACGCGCGUAGAAUUGGUGAAGUAUGUGCAGGAGGCUCUCCUAGCCAUGUCGGAGCAUCAGCAUUUCCCGCUUCGGCGCGCGAGACCAGAUACGGGAUCGCGGGCGUUGUUUGAUACCCUUUUCAUGUAUCAGAAGAGACCGGUAGAUAAUGUCCAGACUGGGCCUGGACAGGUUUUGUAUAAGUCUACUGGUGGAGCAGCUGAAGUUGAAUACCCAGUUUGCGCUGAAGUUGAAGUUGUCGGAGAGGAUCUGGUUGGGCGGGUUGCUUGUCGUGGAAAUGUUGUUGGGGAUCAAGAUACUCUUGCGCUGCUGGGGCAGAUGGGCGAUAUCCUUUCGUCUAUCAUUGAUGGUCCAUCUGAACAGACUGUCGAAUUCACCAGUGAAGGAGUGAAGAAUUGUGGAAGCGCAGCUUUCCAGGAUGAAUCUAGACAAGAUAUCGAGACUGAUGCAGUUCCCCGGACACUCAAUCAGGCGGAAUGGUCGCCCAUUGAGUCAAAGAUCCGCAAAGUUCUUUGCAUUGCAUCCGGGGUACCUGAGAAUUCCAUUGACAAGAGCUCCACGAUCUUUGAGCUUGGUCUGGAUAGUAUCAGCGCCAUCAAGGUGGCUGCACUCCUGAAGAAACAGUCCGUCAAGCUCGCGGUCAGUGACAUGCUUCGGGCUGGUACCAUCAAAAACAUGGCCAAAGCAGCCAACAGCAACCAGACGAAGUUCUCACUCACAAACAUAUCGAGCAUUCUCCACGAAUCACUCGAUGGCAUCGAUGUGGCGGAACUGCUACAAUCGCAUGGUAUUGAUUCGCAACGCGUGCGAAAUGUGCUCCCUGCAACUGCAGGGCAGAUCUAUUUCCUCUCAAUGCACACCCUAAAUCCCGAAGUGUUCUAUCCUGAGUUCUACUAUGUGACAUCACGACAAUUGAGCCCUGAAGUACUCGAUCGGGCCUGGGCUCGGGUCAUCGACCAAACCCCAAUGCUUCGAACGGCAUUUGUGUCCACUUCCGACUCUCCGCUAUUGCCCUAUAUGCAGAUCGGGUUUGAGGAUGUGCAAAUUCCUGUGAUCUGGCAUUCCAAGUUUGAUCGGCAUCUUGUUUCAAGAAGUCUCAAGCAUGAAUUUGGGGCAGUGCCAGUCGCACUGCAUGCCUGUCAAACGAACAAGGGAACGGCGCUUAUUCUGCAAAUUCACCAUGCACUGUACGACGCUGUUAGUCUACCCUAUAUCCUAGACAGACUUGUUAAACACUGCAGUCAAGAGGAGGUUGCCAAGCCACACCCCGACCUUGGUCUCUCACAGCUCGUGGCAUUCCAGCAUGUUCAUUCGCCCGUAGAUGUCCGGCGGCAAUUCUGGCAAAAGUAUCUAGGCCAAAUGCCAACAGCGGCAAAACGAGGGGAUGGCUUCGGCUCUGUGCAAAAUCACUACCGGCCGGGCCUGGUUUCAAAUAUGACCAGUGUCGAAAAGGUUGCUAAGCGCCAGGGCCUUAGCAUUCAGACCGUCUUUUUGGCAGUCUAUGCUCGAGUGCAUUUGCAGGAAUUCGGUGCAGCUGAAACCAUAGAUGACGCAGGGUCUCACGGGCGGUUAAAUGUUGGACUCUACCUCGCCAAUCGAUCUCAUUCCAUCGAGGGUCUAGCCGAAUCUGUGAUUCCCACCGUUAACAUCGUUCCACUACGACUGGAUGACAAACUUAGCGAUUCCAAUGAGACCCUCCUUGAUGCCGCCCGCAGGAUCCAAACUGAAAUCAAUGAGAUCAGCCGACCAGAAUACUCGGGUGUUUCUCUCCUGGAAAUUGCCGAAUGGACGGGCGUCCGAAUCGACACUUGCGUCAAUUUCCUGCGACUUCCUGAGCAGGAAUUGAAAGCACCCAGCAACGGUGACCAGGCAAAGUUUUCUCUCACAGCAAUUCAACGCGAGGAGUUUGAAGAUCUUAGCGGGGCAGCCCCAGUUUCGGAAAAAGACCCAAUUCAGAUUAAUGGCAAUGGUGUAGCGCCACCGGGUGCAGCCGAGAUGAGCCCGGGCCUCGAUCAUCCAAGCGCCUCAACGGCUACUCGAAACAUUUUCCAGCCCACGAUUGAUGUGGAAGCCGCCAUCCGCAAUGGUCGGUUAGACUUUGGGCUCUUCGCACCGGAAUCCCGUCUUGACCGAGAUACAGCGGAGACUGUAAUCGGCGCUAUGCGACGGGAGAUGUCUGCAUUGGUGACAGGCUUCGAAUCGAUAUAG